AUGGCAGCCACGACGGGGACAGUCCCGAUAACUUCUGGAACUCACUCAUUUUUAUAUUUUCUCUCCUUCCUUCUUCCCCCCCUCUCUCUCUCUCUCUCUCUCUCUCUCUCUCUCUAUCUAUCUAUCUAUUUUUUCAUUUACUUUCAAUUACUGUCUCUUUCCCUCUUUUACUCACUCACUCUUUCUUCAUUCCUCACUCGCCCUGCUACAUUCACUCACUAUCUUUCUCGCUCUCUCAUUUCAUUCGUUUCCCCUAUCACUUUCUUUUCUUUAUCUCCCCCUCUCUUUCUCUCUUACUCACUGUAUUUGUCACACUUUCUCGAAACUCAAUUUCUCUUACUUUCUCUUUCUCGCUAUCUUUUUCUAUCUAUCUCUCCCGCUCGGUAUCAUGCUAACUCUCUUUCUCAGUCACUCUCCCCUCUCUUUUUUUCUAUUUCUCUCACUCUCGUUCAUUUUUCCGCUCUUCUUUCUUUCUUUCUUUCUUUCUUACGAAUCUUCCCAGUUUCUGAGUUCAAGUCCCUAGACUGA